UUAUUUAUUUCCACAUGAGAACUGCGUCACCCAACUCCGCUGUCCCCUACUGAAGCCCCAGCAGCACUUGAUUUCUGCGCCUCCGCCGAAGGAUUAUUUGAUAAUUGACUGACUUUCUAAUUGAACUGGCUGCUUCUCAUUGGACACGCGCUCUGUCUCUCCUGUUGCUACGGAGACUAUCUCUUUCCUCCCCCUGCACUGACUUGUUACCGGAAGCUUCAAGACGCCCUACUAGUAUUUUCUUUGCUGCACUACAGAGAUACGGGCCCUGGUGCAGCCACGCCCCCUGCUGGACAUGUCGGUGACCCCCGUGCUGGAUCCCGAGUGGCAGCGCUCCCCGGAGGGACUCGACUACCUGAGCCGCGUCCUGCGCCACAACAAACGCAAGUUCUUCGGACUGAUAGAGCGGCCCGUGCUCCCCCCGCACCUCCCGGCCGAUGUCGCUGCUUAUAAAGUCUUUGUCUGCGGGAAAAGCGGCGUCGGAAAAACCUCCUUCAUCGCUAAACUGAGCGGACUGGCCGUACCCAGCAUGCACCACGAGACCGCUGGUAUUCAGACCACCUGCAUGUAUUGGCCUGUCCGCCCGAGUGGCAGCGCCCGACCCGUGAUUUUCAGGUUCCAGUUCUGGGACUGUGGGGAGGGGGCUCUCCGGAAGUUUGAUCACAUCUUACCAGCGUGUAAAGAAAAGGCAGACGCAGUUCUCUUCCUCUUCUCUUUCACCGAUCGUUCGUCAUUCGAGGAUGUGCCGGCGCUGAUCUCUCGCACACUCGACCAGGACGAAGAUGUCACACGUGUGGUUAUUGGGACCAAGCUGGACCAGUACAUGCACACGGAUGUGACCGAGGACGACCUGCGCGACUUCCAGAGAACAUGGCAGCUGCCCGUCAUGCGAGUACGGAGUGUGAAUGGGCCCCGCAUGACUGAUGGGCGGGAUCUGGAUGGGAGGGCGGGACUUGCAGAAUGUGCUCCUGUGCUCAAUGGGUUGGCGGAAAUUCUGUGGCACAGAGACCAAGUUAUUGCUGGACUUGUAGGCGGGGCUGAAUGACACCGAGACGUAAAGGGUUAAUAUUUCCAAUUUAUCACUGGACUGGUCUGUGCGACUGCCUCACCCCUUGUCUGUACAUUGACCGUCUAUGGGUAUGAGAGGGACGGCACAGAGCCAGAGCCAAUCAGCUGAGAGAGGGGCUGUGACUAUUGGAUAAGGAUCUGUGAUCACACAAAGACUGUGGGCGCCAAGGCAGAUCUGUUGGAGAAGCUUUGUGUUGGUGCCACUGCCCGGCAUCACAAUGGGAUCAUUUGUAUAGUGAAUAAAGUUCCCCCUAUUGUAAAAUAUAAGGAUAUUAUAAGUCACAGAGGCGUUCCAUGAUCAUAUAGAAGGGUUGUGUGUUUUUGUACAGGUUGUGGGACUCUGAGGUGACUUAAUAUCCUCAUAUUUUCCAACAAGGGGUACUUUAUUCAUAAUACACGUUUUAGUGAGUAAUUUGACAUCACUACUCGCCGUUUAUAACUUUAAGGAUAUAACUUACAAGAUAUUCAUGGCUUUUGUGUGUUAUACACAUAUAAUAAAACCACAUUCAGUCCA